GAGCACUGUCCUAUAAGGCAUUGCUUGUUUAAGUACAGUCGCAUUUAGUUGGAGCUGCAGGAGAGAGACAGAGAGAUUCUCUGUGUUUACAGCCAGCGCAGGCUACGGCGAGCAGCUAACCUGGCCCCCCUUCUUCCAGCACUUGAAGGGGAGAGUGCGAGGCUAUUUGGGAAUCUGGCCACCGCGGGUCAGCUUUCUCUGCGACUGGAUUGUCAGAGCUGGUAGAGCAGAGCCCAGGGGGACUGAAGGGAGACACAAAUCCCAUUUUAUCUGAGAGGGGAAGAGGAGGAAAAAAAAAAAAAAGAAGAAAUUGAGAGAGCAGAGAGAAGCGAAGAGACGGAGAAAAAGGCAGAGGAAGCAGAACGAGUGAGAGAGAAGCAUGAGGACCUACUGGCUGCACAGUAUCUGGGUGCUGGGAUUCUUCUUGUCCCUCUUCUCCUUGCAAGGGCUGCCAGUCCGCAGCGUGGAUUUUACCCGAGGUACCGAUAACAUCACCGUGAGGCAGGGGGAUACGGCCAUCCUCAGGUGUUAUGUAGAAGACAGAAGCUCCAAGGUGGCCUGGUUAAACCGUUCCGGCAUCAUUUUUGCUGGAGAGGACAAGUGGUCCCUGGACCCUCGAGUAGAGCUGGAGAAGAGAAGCCCCCUGGAGUACAGCCUGCGGAUCCAGAAAGUGGAUGUCUACGAUGAGGGGUCCUACACGUGUUCAGUGCAGACACAGCAUCACCCCAAGACUUCCCAGGUUUACUUGAUCGUGCAAGUUCCACCAAAGAUCUCCAAUAUCUCCUCGGACAUCACCGUGAAUGAGGGCAGCAACGUGACCCUGGUUUGCAUGGCAAAUGGACGUCCUGAGCCUGUCAUCACCUGGAGGCACCUCACCCCGACAGGCAGAGAGUUUGAAGGUGAGGAAGAGUAUCUGGAGAUCCUGGGGAUCACGCGAGAGCAGUCGGGCAAGUACGAGUGCAAAGCUGCCAACGAGGUUGCUUCAGCAGAUGUCAAGCAAGUCCGGGUCACUGUGAACUACCCUCCCACCAUCACAGAGUCCAAGAGCAAUGAAGCGGCCACGGGACGACAAGCCUUACUCCGGUGCGAGGCAUCAGCAGUGCCCACGCCUGAUUUUGAGUGGUACAGGGAUGACACCAGGAUAAACAGCGCCAACGGUCUGGAGAUAAAGAGCACGGGGAGCCAGUCUCUGCUGAUGGUGGCCAACGUCACUGAGGAGCACUACGGGAACUACACCUGCGUGGCUGCCAACAAGCUGGGAGUCACAAACGCCAGCCUAUACCUUUACAAACGAGUUUUACCCACACUCCCCAACCCUUUUCCAGGACCCGGCACAGGGAGAGUAGACAAUGGCUCCAUGAGUUUGGCCGUCCCACUGUGGCUGCUGGCAGCGUCCCUGCUCUGCCUACUCAGCAAAUGUUAAUACAAAUCAGAAUUAAAAAAUAAUAAUAAUAAUAAUAAUUAAAAAACCAACAACAACAACAACAACUACAACCAACACGACAACAACGACGACGACAACACACAAAGCAAAACGCGUUAUACAGGAGACAGAGCGAAGAGAGGGGAGAGAGAAAAAAAGAGAGGGGGAGAGAGGGAGAGGACCGUUUCUUUCACAACUUUUGUGUGUUCAGGAGUGAAGAGGGGGGAGAGGAAAAAUCACAGCAAAGACGACUCAGCAACAUUUAAUACGACUUCUGACAAGCCGGCCGUCAAGUCACCGACCGUCUAGGAGGCACCACAAAGCGAGGGGGAGAAUGGGGCACCAGCAAGGAGCACGUCGCCGGAGGAUGCUGCGAAGUAAACACACCAACGCAACCCGCAAAGCCAAUCGAACAGAAGAUCCCUUUUCUUUUCUCUCCUCCUUCCUCUUUUCCAUACUCCCUCACCUGCCUUCCUUCCUUCCUUCCUCCCUUCCUUCCUCCUCUUUCUUUCUUUUGCAGAAAGAGGUCUUUGCUUCAGCGUCUGUAGCCACUUAACUUUUUGGAUGCCCUUGGUCAUUUUUUUGAGCCAACGCUCAGGCGGUUCAUACUUUUAGGAAAAAAAAGAAAAAAAAAAAGAAAAAAAAAAAAAAAACACAACAGAGCAAGUUAUCUGAAGCUCUCUGCACACUGGUGUCCCGUGAAGAACCCCUUCCUCUCUUCACCUCAUCCCGUGCUCCUGUGCACCGGGCCCUUGCUAACAACCUUCCUUCCUGUACCCUCCUUCCUGCAACAUCACGCUCUGGCCUGAACUAAAGUUGUGUCAAUUCAACCGAAACCAUACUUUUAUUUCUUUUUUUUUUUUCUUUUUUUUUUCUCUUUAAUUCUCUUCCUCUCCCCCUCGAUUUGACUAAGCGUCUUUCUCUUUCUCCGGGGUGUGCCUGCGUGCGUGCAUGCGUGCAUGUGUGUGUGCGUGGCUCUCGCGCUCUGUCUCCUCUUUCUCUCUUUCUCCUGCUCUCUCUAAGCAUGCACGAGGAACAGUCCAUGUGUACAUACGCUCAUCCCGCUGUAGAUAACGUCCUGCCUUGUAAGUGUGAGACCAGAUGCUGAGAGAUCACUCGGGCAGAGAAGAGGGGUGAGGAGAGAGGGGCAGCUGCAGCACAGGUUCCCCUGGUGGCCCUUCUCCAGCAUCCUCCCGGCCACCUCGCUUGCAAGAAUCAGCCUGCAUCCUUUUUUAACCUUUUUUUUCCCCUCUCACCUGGACCUGCCUGGCUCUCAGCCUCCAAGUAGCAGCACAGCAGCUCCUGCUACACCUCAGUGCUUGCACACACUCAUGUGAGUGAAUGCACAAGUGUGUGUUUGUCCAAAAACACAGAAAAAAAAGCAGUACGGCGUGCAAAGAGGUGCCUGCUCCUGGGGAGGAGAGGCUGGGCCGGUACAGGUGAGGGAUGAGACCUUGGCCACUGCAGAGCAGCCUGUCCUGUAGGCACAGCGUGUGUAGGAGCGAUGCCUCGGGUGAAAGCCAUGGUGUGGUCAUGCCUAACCAUCUUGGUGUUCAUGCAAAAAUCGCACCGAUGUCCCCUUUUGUUGUUGUCCUCAUCAUCCUCCCCGUCACAAGAAGUGUGUGCUCUGUAAGGGUGUGCGUGUGUGUGUGUGUGUGUCUUACACCACUGCUGUGAUGAAGCUCACUUUGCAAAUCACGCAAUUGAAACAAAUUGGGUCAGAAAAUGUCCAGGACCUGUGAAUGUAAGAAUAAAAACCAAUGCCAGGUCCGAGAUCCCGGGCUUAUGAAGAAGGAGCUUGAAGUGGUGCAGUGACGAAGUGGGCAGUGCAAUCCCCUCCCCUCUUCCAUUUCCCAUCGGAAGGGCUUGCUGCAGGGGGAUGCUGCUUGCUGGCACCCUCCUUGGGGCAGAGUUGUGCACGGAGGUGUCUGCAGGAGAAGCUCCAGGGAGACCUGAGCAAGGAGAGGGAGAGAUCAGGCUGUGAGAUCUGGGGGUGGGAGGGUGCUCUGGCUGGUGGCUGGGAGGUGCCGCAGCAGCCAAGGGGGUAAAGUGGGGGUUUUAUCAUGUAGCCUCUUGUUUUGGGAACAAACAGGACUUGAGAUAGCCCAGGCAAGACGAUGAAGCAUCCCAUGUCGAUGUUUUAUGGCUGCUCAACACCGCUGGGCUUCAAAGCACCAGCAAGUGUGCUUGUCCCUCUCCCAGAGCAGGAGGAACAGCUCCGGCUGCUGGCUGCUGUCAGCAGGCACUGCUGCUGCCUGCGUCCUCCCUGCCGAGCUCAGCUGUCUGGGGCAGAGGCGGGCAGGCAACUGAGCAGGCAGCCAAGGGCUGCUUGCUGACAGCCAGGAUGAGCAGGGAAAUAAGAGGGAGAGAUGAGAGGCUGAAGGCUGGGUGAUGGCAGCCUUGCUAUAGAUCUGCCGUGGGCUUGGACGGUGGUAAAUCAUGCUCAGUUGCCACUUCUCCGGGCCCCAAAGCCAUACCUGGGGCAUUUGUGCCUUGGUGCUAUAAUGUCCCGUAUCCCUCUGAGUAUUUGGUUACCUUUUGGCUACCUUUCUGGAGAUCCGUGCCACUCGGUGUCUCGGUCACAGCUCCGUGUUUCCUGCUGCAGCAAGGGCUCCUCCUCCCCUUUGGGGUGCCCCCGCAGCCGUCAGCUGAUGCUGUUCCCAAAAGCCGGGGCUGGGAGCGCACUGGGAUGGCACCACAUCACCUGGGUUUGCUGUCGCAGGCUUGCUGUCAGCAGGUGACUUGGUCACCAGGCUGCUGAAGGAGUUUUGGGAGCAUGGUAUUUUUUUCCAGUGUUAUAUUUUUUAUUUUUGGCUGUCAAGGCACAGAGGCUUUUGGUUUAAAGACAAAUAUGUUACUAAAAGCAGGACACUCAAUUUCUGAAGCCACCUCCCCAUUAUCUGCAGGGAAUAACCCCAACACUUGGUUCAAGUCUUGCCUGCAGGAGCCAGGCGGACCUGUCCCCCGAUGGUGUGGCUGCACAGCAGGGUUAAGGCCAGCUGCUUGCAGACCUGCCCGAGGAAAGCCACGAGCACAGAGCAGGUCUGGUACCUACAGCAAUGCCAGCAGCCUGCUGCUGGCCGUGCCUGCUCCUAGAGGGGCUGGGGGACCCCAUGAGCUGCUGCUUGUCUCACCGGGUGCUGUGAGCAUCCCCCUGCUCCUCGUGGGCAUCGCCCAACGCACCCAUCGCGAUGAGCGCUCGGACAAGCAGGGAAAACACAAGCCCCUGUUCCCUUUCUCCCCCUCCGCCCUUCAGCAGAGGUGUUGCAAAGGUGUUUCUCACGUCUCAGGCCCUUUUCUCUGACGCUGUUUCUCCUCCUCCCCUCCGCUCCACGUUCAUGUUCCCCCCUUCCCCAUGCCCUGCGGAGAAGCCGUGCUCUCGCCUCCCGCUGCCCCUCAGCUGGCCGGGGACCGGGGAGACGGGAGUUUGGAACGGGACACCAGUUCCUUGAGCUUGUCAGUGUAAUUGUGUUUGGUCGAUGGAGAUUUAACAUUUAGUGUUAUAAAAAGAAGCGAACAAAACGAGAAAAAAAAAAUAAAAAUAAAUAAAUAAUAAUUGUAUUUCUUCUACCGGUUUGUAAAUAUUCCGAGAGUUACAUGAGAUGUCUGGUAAUGUCCAAGCAGAGGAACAAAAAGACUUAGAGUUAAUAUAUGGCCCCACACUUGCUAGCAGAUUUCUAACCCUUUUCAGACGACCGAGAAGAGGGGCGAAGGCAAAAACCUUUCUGAAGGGAACUGGGCAGCGGGAGCGCGGCCACGCGUGUGGCCAGUCGGACAGACGGACGGACGGACGGACGGACAGCAGAGCGUCCACCUGUCCCUGAACUGCAGGGAAGGGCGACGUGGGGCUCCCCGGCCGACACCUGUAUCUUGGCACUCGUCUUCAUUUUCCUCCGUCUCCAGCCCCGCAGCUUGCGGGUGCGUGGCCCCCUGCAUGUUAUGGUGCCGCUCAUGAGGAUCUCAUUGGUGACAUGCGUUGUGUCCGGAGUUAGUCCUUGUCUGCUCACCUUUCCCACACCACUCACUGACUGUCCACGCUCCCGUCCUGCUGCCUGCCCCCCUCCUGGCCGAGGAAUAGCCCAGCCCAGCCCCGUUUGGAAGAUCCAAGCCCCCGGCACGGAGAAAGGCGCCGUCAUUAGCUGAGCACAAGCUGCACGUCUGAAAGGGAUCUGCGGGAGCACCAGCGAGCCCUGAGGAUUCAGCAGCGCUGGGGAAGAGGAGCUGGGAAGGCCGAGGAGCUGCCCUAGGAUCCUUCUCAGCCCUGCCAGCGGGGAUGGUUCAGGUCCACCUUUGUACAGCGCUUUACCACUUGAGCCCAUGGGUACAGGGAAACAGCUCUCCUCCUCCCGAACCCUCUCACAGCUCUGCUCCGAGCCCCCCGACCAGCAGCCCCUCUCAUCACGGUGCUUGGCACGAUGUAGCAGCCCGGCCGGUCCCACGGAGGAGGUGCCAGCGGGGCGAGCAGCUCUGUCCCUGCCUUCUGAUGCUGCACAAUCUCACUGCCUCUCUGCCUCCAGCACGCCAAACUCCCCGAGUGAGGGCUGCCAGAAGCAAACCACCCCACGGCAAGAGCAGGACGUCAGGCAGGGGAGCGAUGGGGAAACCAGGUGGUAAUUUCCAAGACACGAGGCCAGGCAAAAAGGCUGAGUGCUGCCCAUGCGCAGAGCUGCCAGGUUGACAAGGGGCAGACAGACCGUGGCCUCUCAGCACCAGUCCCAGAGCGCCUUCCUUUCCAGCGGGAUGCCCAGAAGAUGCCCAGAAAUAUUUUUUUUUUCUUUUAAAACUGCAUGACUCCUGCUGACUGAGAGCUGCGUCACGCCAUUAAAGCCUCUUUCUCUUUUUCCUUCUUGCAACUUGCCAGGACGGCGUUCAGGCAGCUCCUGCAUCCCCCCAAAACCUCUGCGUGGCGGUCAGGUUGCUCCCACGCAGCAGGGGAGCAGAGGGCGGCUUGGUGAGGAUGCUCUGGUAAGGCCCUCUGUGCCUCUUGGGGAGGUGCGUGUGGCAAGGAGACCAGCCAAAGCCGGGCCUGGGAACGAGGAGCAGCUCUCCUCGUUAGCCCAAGGUCCUUCCCUUGGGGCAGGGGUGGCAUCCGAGCAGGGCAGCUCCCAGGUGGGGCAGGAUGUCCCUUCCCCGCUUGUGCUCCCCGUGCAGCCCCUGCUCUACUCCCAGUCCCUCGGGGCACACACACGGCACAUCCACAUGCCUCGGGGCUGCUCCUGGACGUGACAUGGAGCCCAUGGAUGGAGACGAGGAGCUGGGCGAGGCCGACAGCUCCCCAAAAUCAAGACGUCUGCUCCCCGUGGUAGCCACACGCACGCCCGCACACACCCCAGGCUCCUCUCCCCCCCGCACCACGGCACGCAGCCGGGCCCACGCUGCUCCUCUUCCUCACGGAGACCGGCAGCAGGCGUGUGUGCACGUGUGUGUGCACACGCGUGUGCGAGGACAGGGAGGAAGGAGGGGAAGAAGAGCCAGAACCUGCCCCCGAGGCGCCGCUGUCGCCUCCCCAAACCUUUCAGCUCUCCCAGCCGGAGCCGAGUUUCAUCCUCUAGACCUUGAGAAGGAAGGGCAGUCCCUUCUUCGUGCUACACGGUGGGGUGGUUAGAACUCUCCUCAUUAACAGUGUUAUAUACAUAUAAAUAUAUAUAUAUAUCUAUAUCUUUAUAUAUAUUUUUCCCCGGCACUGUAGACAUGAGCUGAACUUCUCUUUACCGAAACGAGAAAACGGCCCUUUUAUUUUCUGCCAUUGGUUUGUUUUCGGAACAAGCUCUGUGAAAGGAAACUUUACAGGCGCAAGCGUGUGUGGAACAGAACCCGAUCGGCAACGAAACACCCCAACAACCGAAUGAGCCAAACCCAGCGAUGAAAAAUAAGUAAAUAAAUAUUAAAAAAAAAAAAAAAGCUUUUUAUUUUUUCUUUUCUCAAUGUAUUUAACUUCUGUUAUCUCGUUUCUGUUUCUUUACAUGUAUGAAUGCUCUGCUCUUCUGUGAUCUUAAAAAAAAAAAAUACAAAAAAAUACAAAAACGAAAUAAACGUGAAAAGGA